AUGAACUUCUGGUGGCUGCUGGCGCUUUUGGCAAGAGAGGUCCCUCUGCAUGCCGAGCGUCAAGCACCACAUGGCGCGGAGGUGAUCAGCGCCUGCUUCUUCGCCUAUGCGCUGAAGCUUGACAUGCCUGGGUCCAGCCACCACACGAUACGAGCCUCCGACUUCCAGCAGAAGGCUGUAAGCUUCUACGGCGGUGGGACUUCGCCAGCGCCACUACUGGAGGCCUACUGGCUUCUCGCGCUUCCGACGCACUUCCAGGAAGCCGUCCUCAAGGAAUGCCCUCCCAUGGUUGUGCUCUCUUACUUUCUGGCUGCCGAGACGAAGUUUUACACCGAGCCAAGUCUUGCCCAAGAAUUCCUGGCCACUGGCGCCGGGAUUUUCCACAGGCUAGAGGAGCGCGUGGCGGGGCUGAUUCGUGAGUCAUGGCCAAUCGAUGCUGCAUUUGACCGUAUUCAACGGGUGCAUGCUACUACGCAGAGGCUACACAGCAGGCCGCCUGCGGACAUUGAGCUGGAUGUUGUCAUGGCAUUCUGUCGCGAGGAGACGUGGAUGCAGUUCGAUGCCAUGACGUAUGGCAUUUGGGCGCCGGACUUUUACUGCACGCCCACGCCGAUAUCCCCACAGCGAUUUUGGAACCUUUGA